AUGUCUCUAUGGCAAAAUUCUAAUGAAAUUAUUAUAGUUUCAGACUUUACUCUGCUGACUGAUGAAAAGUUUGAUUUUAACCUUUCACUGUCUCCUGCAAGUGGAAAUGAAGAUGAAGUUUUUGUUGGACCUCUGGGACACAAAGAAAAAUGUAUUGCUGUCAGCAUUGAAGCAACAAAAAAUGCUGAAAAAAAGGCUGCAUCUCCUUCUGGUGGUAAACUUCUGUGGAGCCCACUUGCAGGAGAGAAAUUUGUUGAAAUUUUCAAAGAAGCUAAUUUGAUUGCACUACAGAUAGAGACUGGAAAUAAGAAUGAACAGAACAAAACUACCCAGUCAGAAGAACAAGGAAACAAGGUUACAGAAAAGUUUGUGGAAGAUUCUUUGUCAAAACUGAAAAUAUUGAGAAAUGAAAAUACGGAAAGAAGUCCCAGGGCCAUUAAAAGGGAGACAUACUGUGUGUGGGAGAGUCCAGUCUGUCAAUUGCCACCUUCCUUUCAGAAAAAAACAGAUAAACUUUUUUUAAAUGAUAAAACACAUGUUCUUCAUACUCCAGCAAACAGAAGCCCUGUUAAAACUCAUAUAUCUCCUCACAUUGCUGGGUCACCAUUGGCUCAGGACCAGAAAGCUAAGGAAAGAAGUAAAAAGACAACUGGCAAACUGCAAAUGUCCAAGUCUUCAUCUGCUCUUGGGAAAAACAAUUUUUUGACUGUAGAAAAGCCUAAAUCAGGAAAACACAGUAGCAUUUCUCCAAAGAGAGACUUGAACAGCAUGGGAUCAUAUGAGGAUCUUGUUUCUGAUAAAUCAAGUACUGCUUCAGAUGUCUUUGAGUCUUCAUUCAGUGGCAGUUCCUCAAUACAAGACAAAAAAGCCCUUCCUGCACCAAGUAAGUUUGGCUUAAAGAAGGUGACAACGCAUCUGAAACUCCCUGGUGCUGCUGGUGGUCUCACAAGACAGACUACUUCAUCUUCUUCAUCCACUUCCAGCCUGAACUCAAGUUUAUCCAUUUCUCCCAUACGCAAAAAUGGUAAACCAAGUGUGUCUUCAAAAGCCUGUGUGAGUGGCUCUCAACUUCCAUCUAAUACAAAUAGAUUGGCUCUGCUUAGGCCCAUGAAAGCCUCUUCUCUGCAGGCUGCCAACACUGAGAGAUCUGGCAAGGAAGCAAGAUCAGCUAGCACUCCAAAAACUUCUAGUGCUGCAAAUUCAGCCAAAUCUGCAGCUUCUACUUCAUCAUCUGAGGCCAUGCGCAGUGGAAUUCAGAGGCUCAGUUCUCUUCCCAAUCUGCAGAAGCUAAGUCAGCAGAAUAAAGAUGGAAGUGUAACAAAAGGAAGCUUGUGUCCAAAGCUUAAGCCUAGAGUUCCAUCUGUUCUUACAAGUCAGAUUAAGGUCCCAGUGAAGGGUGAAGAUACAGCACCAGGCAAACCAGUUUCAAAAGCAGCACCAUCUCUUGGAUUAACUUUUUGUAGCAGAUUUGGAAGUGCCAUGGCAGUGAGCACUCCUGUGAAACACUCAGAAGAAGGAGUCUCCCAGAAUUCCUGUUUCCGCGAGCGCUCGGUUUCGAUGACUCCCUCCAGUUUGAAGCGGACUGCGUUACCAACAUCCAUCCGUCGCAUCUCGGGGUUUCCAGCAGUGACUCCUAGAAAUGCCCCAAGAAUGGCAGCUUCUCCUGCUCACCAAACUUUCAGCCUAUCUGCCAAAAAGAGCCUUACAGAUGGUUCUGAACAGGCAAGAGAGACUAAACCACAGAUAUCUCCAGAAGAUGAUAUAUCUCCUCCACCUGUGCUACCUCUAACACUUGACUUUUCACCAGAAAAGACUGCAGAAAUAGUGGAAAGUGAAUUACGAGAGAAUGGAGUACAAAAUCAGCUGUCUGAGAUGCAGAUUAAUGAUAUCUUACUAGUUGAUUUUGGAAUAGAUAAAUCUCUCCCUCAGACUUUGGAAUGUGAAAGUAGACCUCUGAUUGAUCUUUCCAAUACCCCUGAAGUGAAUAAGACUAUUACUCUAAAGCCUGCUCUCUCAGCACAGGUAAAGCUAAUUGAUUUGAGCUCUCCCCUGAUCACUCUGAGUCCUGACCUGAACAAAGAAAAUCUGGAUUCCCCUCUACUGAAGUUCUGAGUAUGAGUUGAAAUGAGGAAUUCCUGGCAUCUGUGACC